AACAGGGGCUUGCCCCCGGAUCUUGCCUCCUGUCCUGAGCAGCAGGGGCUGUGAGGAGAGAGUGUCCCCGGGCAAGGGGCUCUGGCUGCCCAGGGCCCUGCCCUCCUGCGCAUCUAGGCUUUUCUCUCCCAGCUGCCACCCCGUGCUGCGUGGAGGGCUGGCUGGGCAUCCAGGAAGCGGCGGCCUCGGUCCCGUGUCAUCCUGUCACCGUGGGCGGCCACCUUGGCUUUUAGGCUUCGGAGUCGAGGAGGGGCUCCUGGGGACCUGGGGAGGCAGUGUCUGAAGCAUGGCGGGAGGAGGAACAGCCUUCCAGAAGCCUGUUAAGAGGCUGGAGUCCACAAGGGCAGAAGGGCCAUCCUGUUUUCUGUUCUUCACGGAUCUUACCACCUACCGCUUCUCACCUGGGGCGGGUGGGUGCCUGUCGCCCUCCCGCCCGCUUUCCGCCACUCCUGGGCCAGAGCCGCGUCCAGCACCACGGACAGCUCCGGGCGCCUGGCAGUCUGGCUUCCAUCAUCACGGCUCUCGAAGCUGCGCCCGGAAGACCACCCACAGCCCCACCACGGGCCUGCCACCCACCCCCCACCUCCGCCCCGGUGACCUCUAUAGAACAUUCCCUGGGGGCCCCGGUCCUGCCUUCUCCUGUGGCCUCUGGCUCUCCUGCUCCUGGCCCCGUGGCUCGUUCCGUCAGCAGGCGUGUGCGGGGCGAAGGCAGAGCUGGGGCGCAGGGCUGCUCCGUGGUCAGCAGUCUGGCGGCGAAGGCAGACAGGAGCCACGGGACACUGGAGGCACCGUCGUCUGGCUUCUCCUGUCUUGCGAGGUCCCUCCCAGGUCUAACCGACACCCGUCCCGCUGAAGUUCCAGUUCUCCGACCCUGGGCUUGACAUGGCCGAUGGGGGAGACCAAAGAGAAGGACCUAUUUCACCCAGCUGGCAUGGGUUCCCUCUGAGAAGCCCUCCUGGAUUGAAUGAAGGACACGAGGCUAAACUCUAGCAAGUUGACUGGCUGCUCCAGGAAGCCCCCGGGCAGGACAGAAGGGGCAAGACCGUGUCUCCAGCCUGGGCUGCCUGUGGCACCUGGAGCCGCCUGGGAGAGGACUUCGUAUAACCUUUGCUCCUGCGGCCACGGCUGUCCGCCCCGGCCCGUCCCAGUCCCCGUGCCGUCCCAGCUGGGAGUCCCCUGAGACGGCGCCCCACCUCAGAUCUAAUAAAGACCCCUGAAUGCUGAGCCA